GAGAGAGAGGACCGCUUCUAAUCAAAAAUCACAACUCAUCAUCCACCAUAACUCCUUAUCUUACGCCUCUCUAAAACUCCUUUUAACUAAAGUACGCACACGCCUAUAUUUUCCAAAGUACGAAACGGAAAGAGACGGUGAGAGAGUUUUCAAGUACAAAUCUUUGCCCCCUCAGACGAAUCUUUGGGUUUGUCUUUCUAGGUGUUCAAGAAAGAAAAGAGAGUUUAUCUUUCUCUCUAGAAGAAAAACAACAAAACAGAAAAGUACUUCCUGAAGGGAAAAAAAGAAGUAAAUCAAUGGCGAAUCCAUGGUGGGUAGGGAACGUUGCGAUAGGUGGAGUCGAGAGUCCUAUGACGUCAUCAGCUCCGUCUUUGCAUCACAGAAGCAGCAAUAACCAGACUAUGACCCGGUCGGAUCCCAGAUUGGACCAUGACUUCACCAACAACAGUGGAAGCCCUAACACUCAAACUCAGAACAGCCAAGAGGAGCAGGGCGAGUUACCCGCCGUCGAACAUGGAUCUGGAUCCGGGUCUACGGGUCGACGUCCAAGAGGGAGACCUCCUGGUUCCAAGAACAAGCCCAAGAGUCCAGUGGUUGUCACCAAAGAAAGCCCCAACUCGCUGCAAAGCCAUGUCCUCGAGAUCGCCACGGGGGCUGACGUGGCGGAAAGCUUAAACGCGUUUGCUCGUAGACGCGGGAGAGGCGUUUCUGUUCUGAGCGGUAGCGGUUUGGUCACUAAUGUCACUCUGCGUCAGCCUGCUGCAUCUGGAGGAGUUGUGUCUCUUCGUGGUCAGUUUGAGAUCUUGUCUAUGUGCGGUGCUUUUCUUCCCACCUCUGGUUCCCCGGCUGCAGCUGCUGUAACCAUUUACUUAGCUGGAGCUCAGGGUCAAGUCUUGGGAGGUAGAGUCGCUGGACCGCUUAUUGCAUCGGGACCGGUUACUGUAAUCGCUGCUACGUUUUGCAAUGCUAGUUUCGAAAGGUUACCUAUUGAGGAUGAGCAACAACAACCACAAGUAGAAGAAGCUAAGAAGGAGAAAGAGAAUGAUGAUAACAAAAGUGGGAAUGAUGGAACUGAAGGGUCGAUGCAGGAGCCGCCGAUGUAUAAUAUGACUCCUAAUUUUAUUCCAAAUGGUCACCAAAUUGCUCAACACGAUGUGUUUUGGGGUGCUCCUCCGCCUCGUGCUCCUCCUUCAUAUUGAGAAUUAGAUAGGUGAUUGUUUCACGUGUUCUUGUAGCUGAGGAGGUUAUAAUUUCUAUAUGAGAUUACUAGGAUGGUUAGGCUUUUGUUUAUUAAGUUCUCAAAAGUUUUGAUUUUUGUAUGCGGGUAAUGAGAUGACAUUUAGCUAGUUGUUUGUUUUGUGACUGAUUAUAUCGCGGAUAGCUUUUUAUGAAGGUCGACUGAUUUAUGGAUUGCCUUUGAGCUUUGAUGUUUAUCUUUCUUUCUUUAAGAUGUGGGAAAACCUGAGCUUUUGUCUUUAAAGAGAGAUGGUUUGUGUCUUCUACAUUGAAAGCAUUUGACUAUCAUUCCUUUCUUAUUGUUGGUAACUGUGAUUCUUA